AUGCCACCUCCUCCGCCACAAAAUCCCUAUCAGGAGGCUAAGGAGGAACUUUUGCUGGCCCAGGAAUAUCAUUAUGAUGAUCUAUUUAAUGGCUUAAUACCUCAAGAUCAGGAAGAUUUAAAGGAUGUGGCUGCUCAUUAUCAUGAUGAUGACCCAGGGCCCUGGAUGCUGAUGAUUAAUGCUAAGCAGAAAAAGAAGGAACCAGACUGGAAAGCAGUGUUAGAUGAUGAUUUGAGAGCAGUUAACAAGAUGUUAAUAGAAGUAUUGAAAAGACUUUCUCCUGAGAGUCCUAAGGGUCCGAAGGCUUUAACUGUUCCAAAUGUGGAGAGGAUAGGAUCAUAUCCACCAUCGGUGAUCGCGGGGUUAGAUCUUCCACCGCUGAUCCCAUUCGACCCUCCCCAGCCAGUCAUAGCUGCCUUGCAGGAGCGGCCUGGUUUUAAGCCACUAGCCGUUGCAGCACAACCCAACAGGGAUAUUCCCUGGGCUCCAGGUCCAUCCCCCUAUUUUAGCCUAUACCCAGUUUUUGAGGAAAAUCCACGACGGGUACACCAACCCAUUCCAUUUAAACAGCUUAAAUAUCUGAAGGCAGCAUGUGCCCAGUAUGGACCUACAGCUCCAUUUACUGAGGCGAUGCUUGAAUCCCUAGCCACCCAAGCGUUGCCCCCUAACGACUGGAAGCAGCUGUCUAGAGCCAGCCUGAGAGGCGGGGAUUAUCUGCUGUGGAAAUCAGAAUUUGUGAAGCCAUGUCAAGCCACUGCAGAUCUCAAUAGGGCACAAGAUAACCCUAUAGAUUUUGACAUGAAUGCUGGAGAAGGGGCGUAUAGGGCCACUGAUCAGCAGUUGCAAUAUGAGUCGGGAACUUAUUUUCAAAUUAUUGCGGCAGCCCAGAGAGCUUGGUGAAGGCUGCCUAGCUCCAAUAAAAAGACUGAAGAUCUUUCAAAAAUCAGACAAGGUCCCUAUGAGCCGUAUCAAGAUUUUGUUUCCAGGCUUUUGGAAGCUAUUGAGAAACUUAUUAAUGUCAGUGAUGCUGGCAUGAUGCUUGUAAAACAAUUGGCUUAUGAAAAUGCUAAUUCUACUUGUCAAGCAGCCCUGAGACCAUUUAGAAAGAAAGGAAGCUUAUCAGAUUAUGUGAGGUUAUGUGCAGACAUAGGAUCUUCAUACGUACAAGGCAUCACUUUGGCUGCGGCCCUACCAGGGAAAUCAGUCAAGGAGGUCCUGUUCCAGCAACUACAGAAGAAAAUUGCUGGUCCCCUUGGCAGUUGUUAUUCCUGUGGACAGAUGGGACAUCGAGCUACUCAAUGUCCUAGUAACCAGGGGAGCAGUAAUAGUCAGGCAAAGGCACCGGGGACAUGUCCUCAGUGCAAGAAGGGAAAACAUUGGGCAAGAGAUUGUAAGUCAGUCACUGAUUUACAAGAAAACCAUCUGCCUCCCCUUCAGGGAAACUGGAAGCGGGGCCAGCCCCAGGCCCAGCAACAAUAUUAUGGGGCCAUCCAGGGACAAUCCCUACAGGGGGUCCCAGACGAAAAUCCGUUUGUGACUUGUUCCGAGCAACCCCAGGGAGCGCAGGACUGGACCUCAGUGCCUUCACCUACACAGUACUGA